UCUUCAUGGAGAAAUGUUCCCCACUUGUGACAGGGUAAGUGUGUGGCUGCAGGGAUCUCCUGAAGCUGAGCCAGGACAGCACUGAGGUGACUGUAAGGAUGGCUCUGCUGCCCUUGCUGCUUUGGGGGAGGAUGUGCUCCAGAGCGGGGCUGCCCUGGGCACCGUCAGAGGGACAGGGCAGGACGGCUCCUGCUGCCAGGGACGGCUGCAGGGGCUGAAGCUGGGGCUGCAGCCAGGGCUGCCCAGGGCUGUGGUGCAGAGCAGGUGCUGCAGCCCUGAGGGCUCUUGGCCAGCCCAGGGCAUCUGCCACCUGCCAGGGGCAGCUCUCAGCCUGCCUGGGAGCUCCCAUGGACUGUGGGGAGAAGUUGGAGGUGGAAGGAGCCACCCCCAUCGGGGCAGAUUCCUGCUGCUGUGGAGAUGGUGCUGCAUGGCCAGGGCUGCUCUCAGCUUUCUCAGGAAGGAAAGGGAAAGGGGCUGUCAGGGUUGUUUGUGUCACUGACACUCCUGCACUGUCAGCCUGGGGAUCAGCAGAUGUGCCUCAGAUCUCCCUCAGAAAGUGCCUCCUCACCCUCCUCUAGCUACAGACAGCAGCAGCAGCACCUUGGCUUGCAGCAUCUCUGUUUGUGUGAGCUGCCCUUAAGGCCCUGGUGCCAGGGAGAUGCCCCUGGGCAGUGCCCUGUGCUGGGAGGGGUGUGCAGGGCAGAGCUGAGCCCCCAGGGCUGGGCUGGGCUUAGGGAGCAAUGGCAGGGACAAGCCCUGGAAAGAGACAAAGUCUCUUCUCUCACAGUAGGCACAGCUGCAGGUAGCAUAAAGGCAGAUCAGUUCUGGAUAUACUUUCCUGUGCAGGAAUCCAAAUAUAAAAUUUUAAAAAAAUAAAAUAAAUAAAUAAAAAAUAAAACCAAUUAAAGCACAGAGAGAGAGAGAGAAUGAUAAGAGUUUAGGAAAAUUUACUUUGAAAUUGGAGCUUUCAGAAAGUCCCCUUUUUUCCAAGCACGUUUUAAGUGUUAUCACCCUGAAAUAAAAACAGUUGUAAUGAAUAAAGGGGACCUCUCUGGGACCAGGAGAUCUGACUGCAGUGAGACACAGGGAGCCCUGUUUUCCCUCUGGACUCCCCAGUGUUCAGGCUGAGAUCAGUGCUGAAGAUGAGGCAGGAACUCAGCAGCACAAACCCGAACUCCUGAAGUCAAAAAAGUUUAGAAAUAUUCCUGCUCAAAAAGUGAUUUUGAUGGGAAUCCAAAUACAUUAUAUAGGAUUGACACAAGGAAGAUGGUCCCAGCUUGUCAAUGUCAUCUUUCAACAGUGCACGAUGACCAGAGUGAAGCAAUGUUCAACAGCAGCUCCAUCAGCCACUUCCUCCUGCUGCCAUUGGCAGACACGCGGCAGCUGCAGCUCCUGCACUUCUGCCUCUUCCUGGCCAUCUCCCUGGCUGCCCUCCUGGCCAACGGCCUCAUCAUCAGCGCCGUAGCCUGCGGCCACCUCCUGCACAGCCCCAUGUUCUUCUUCCUGCUCAACCUGGCCCUCAGCGACCUGGGCUCCAUCUGCACCACUGUCCCCAAAGCCAUGCACAAUUCCCUCUGGGACACCACGAACAUCUCCUAUGAAGGAUGUACUGCACAGCUGUUUUUCUUUUUAUUUUUCAUUUCAGCAGAGUUUGCCCUUCUCACCAUUAUGUGCUAUGACCGCUACGUGUCCAUCUGCAAACCCCUGCACUAUGGGACCCUCCUGGGCAGCAGAGCUUGUGCCCACAUGGCAGCAGCUGCCUGGGCCAGUGCCUUUCUCACUGCUCUGCUGCACACAGCCAAUACAUUUUCCCUGCCCCUGUGCCAUGGCAAUGCCCUGGACCAGUUCUUCUGUGAAAUCCCACACAUCCUCAAGCUCUCCUGCUCCAAAUCCUACCUCAGAGAACUUGGGCUUCUUGCUGUUAGUGCCUGUUUAGCUUUUGGUUGUUUUGUGUUCAUUGUUUUCUCGUAUGUGCAGAUCUUCAGGGCUGUGCUGAGGAUCCCCUCUGAGCAGGGACGGCACAAAGCCUUUUCCACCUGCCUCCCUCACCUGGCCGUGGUCUCCCUCUUUGUCAGCACUGGCAUUUUUGCCUACCUGAAGCCCCCCUCCAUCUCCUCCCCAUUCCUGGAUCUGGCAGUGUCAGUUCUUUACUCGGUGGUGCCUCCAGCCCUGAACCCCCUCAUCUACAGCCUGAGGAACCAGGAGCUCAAGGCUGCACUGUGGAGAAGGAUCACUGGAUCAUUUCAGAAACAUUAA